AUCUUUUUCUUUCUCAACCACUAAAAUUUGCAAAACUUCCCAACAAAUUAUAACCUAAGCUUUCGAAAAUUCAUUCUCCUCUUUAUUAAUUUGUUUCAUUCUUUAGUGAGUCAAUUCAACAAAUCAAAUAAAAAUGGAAUCCCAUCAAAAUUCACCCCCUCACAUAGUGAUCAUCCCAACACCUGGGAUGGGACACCUAAUUCCCUUAGUUGAAUUUGCAAAGAGAAUUCUCCAUAUUACUCCUACGUUACAAUUGUCUUUCAUAAUCCCAACUGAAGGCCCGCCAACACGGGCACAAAAGACUGUGUUGGCGGGCCUUCCAGAGGACCGCGCCUCCUCCACCUUCCUCCCACCCGUCAAUUUUGACGACUUACCUUCCGAUACAAAGAUUGAGACUAAGAUUAGUCUCACUUUCGUCCGAUCCCUUCCCGCCAUUCGGUCUCACCUUAAGGAGUUACACGAUUCGAACAUCAACCUCGUGGCACUCGUUGGCGACCUCUUCGGGACGGACGCCUUCGAGGUUGCACGUGAGUUUGGGAUGAAGCCGUAUAUAUUUUUCCCUUCUACGGCUAUGUGUUUGUCUUUGUUCUUACAUCUUCCGGAAUUUGAUGCUCAAGUUUCAUGUGAGUUUAAGGACAUGCAAGAACCGGUUUUAUUGCCCGGUUGUACUCCGAUUCAUGGAAAAUAUCUUUUGGACCCGGUCCAGGAUAAAAAAAACGAUGCUUAUAAAUGGACACUUCAUCAUGCUAAGAGGUAUAAAUUGGCCGAGGGUAUUUUUGUAAAUUCAUUUGAAGAGUUGGAAGAGGGGGCUUUGAAAUAUUUGAAAAAUAAUGAACCGGGAAAGCCCUCGGUUUACCCUGUUGGACCGUUGGUUCAGACCGGGUCGACUAAUGAUGACAAGUGUGAAUCUUUGAAUUGGUUGGAUGAGAAACCACGAGGCUCGGUUUUAUUCGUUUCGUUCGGGAGUGGUGGGACCCUUUCGCAUAAUCAAAUAAUUGAGUUGGCUAAUGGUUUGGAGAUGAGUGAACAAAGAUUUUUGUGGGUUCUAAGGAGUCCUAAUGAUAAGACUCUUAAUGCUACGUAUUUUAGCGUCGAGGGUGAUCGAAAUAACCCUCUAGACUUUUUGCCUAAAGGGUUCUUGGAAAGGACUAAGGAGCGGGGCCUAGUUAUCCCUACGUGGGCACCACAAGUUCAAAUACUUAGCCACAUGGCAACUGGCGGGUUCUUAACUCAUUGUGGUUGGAACUCGAUUUUGGAGAGCGUGGUGCAUGGUGUGCCUUUGAUAGCAUGGCCACUCUACGCCGAGCAGGAGAUGAACGCGGUGAUGCUGAACGAGGGUAUAAAGAUCGCGCUAAAGCCAAAAGCCAACGAGAAUGGACUAAUUGGGCGAGGGGAGAUAGCGAUGGUCGUUAAAGGUCUAAUGGAAGGUGAAGAAGGGAAGAAAAUCCGAAAUCGGAUGAACGAGCUGAAGGAAGCAGCCAAUAGAGUGGUUGGAGAAAAUGGUUCAUCCACAAAGGCACUUUGUGAAGUGGUUCAAAAGUGGAUGUCUCACUAAAGUAAAGUCACAAUAAUUUGCAUGAAGAAAACAAGUAAAAAAAAAAAAAAGUCCAUCCAAUACUUUAGUAGUGCGUGCGAAUGUACAAACUUUUCUCAUCCUUUCUCUGUUAAAUUAGGCCCCUUUAAUUUGUUGUUUAUUAUUGUUAAUAUUAUCCUUUUAAUUGCCAUUAAUAAUAAAUUAUGCCAAUAGUAGUUCUUCAGUCAUAGUCCUAGUGUGUAACAGGACAUGAUUGUACAGAGUAUUAAAUUUGAUCAAUUAUUUUGUUAUAAAUAAACUUUAUUAUGGAAUAAUUUACUCCUAUUUUAAAA